ACGAAGGUGAAAUUGGAAAAUUAUGAUCCUGGCUCCUUAAUUAUCAAUAAACGUUUAAUAAUAUCCUCAGUCCAAAUUGCGAUGCUCUCCCUGAUUGAAGAACAAUUUCAUUUUUAUUCGCAGUUAUUCGGAGGAUUCUAUACAACCAAAAUAAGAAUUGGAAGAACAUUCAAGAAAACUGAAACUCAUUUUUAUGACCUGCCUGUUUUAGAGCGAGAAUGAAGCACCCUCUUGAGACGAAUUUCGAUGGUUGCAUUGACUUUUUGGAGCUGUCAAAUAUAUUUCAUUGAUCUAUGGAUUUUUGGUGAAGCUCUGCAAAUUUGUUGCACAGCAGCAGACUAACAGUGACUGGUACACGGCCAGGAUUUGGAGUGGUGUGGAUUGUGGAUUAAGAGAUAUUGAUAUAGUUGUUGCAUUUUUUUUUUUCUUUUUUGAAAAUUUUGGUGGAGCUUAUUGUUUAUAGGAGAUAUGGAUGUGGUUGGUAAAGUUAGCAGCAUUAUUACUCAGGGCAUGUACUCUGUAGCCACACCAUUUCACCCGUUUGGUGGGGCUGUCGACAUAAUUGUCGUUAAGCAGCAAGAUGGGACGUUUAGGAGUACGCCUUGGUAUGUACGAUUUGGGAAAUUUCAGGGUGUUCUCAAGGGUGCGGAGAAGGUAGUACAGAUUGAGGUUAAUGAUGUUGAAGCAGAUUUUCAUAUGUAUCUUGAUAACUCAGGCGAAGCUUACUUUGUUAGGGAAGUUGAUGAUGUAAGUGAAUGUUUAAAGGACUUGGACAAUCUUGAAGGUGGUGUUAACAGCAACCAUUACAAUAGUUUUAAUGAAGGUGACUUGAGUGGGCAAGAUGCUGAUGGCAUGCCAGACACACACUUAAAUAUGCGAGCAGAAAAGCUAAGGAGAGUUGAGUCUGAUGCUGCUGCAUAUGUGUUCUAUGAGUUUUCAGAUGAACACUCAUCUGUGGAGGGUUCGCCUAAAAUUUCUGAACAUAGUCCAAGUAGAUACGACACUUUAGAUAGUGUGGAGCAUGCACUAGAAUUGCAAGAGUCAAAUUCCGAGGUUGUUUUGGUGAGCGUGGAUGGGCAUAUACUGACGGCGCCCAUAUCAUCAUCUGAGAAGAAUGGUGAAAAUGUGCAACUAAGCACACCCCAAUUCCACCUUGGUCCUGGUGGCGGGACUGAAGAGUACAGUUCAGGUGAAGGUAAUUGGGCUUCUGAUUGCUUGAGUGAUGCCCAUAAGGUUGGAGACACAUGUGAGACAAACAGUUUGUCUUCUGAACACCAUCGAGCACCUUGCGAAGGAGAUGAAGAGCAUAUGCUGCAUGCUGGAGAAACUGAGGACAAAGCUAGUGGCGACAAAGAGUUAUGCAUUGAAAGCAGUCCUGAUAACAGCCCAAUUGGUUUGAAGAAGAAGGAUAUUUUUAAAAGCUGCUUGGAGCUCUCACAAUUGGCAACACAGUCCACAAACGUCAAUCAGGAAAAUGUCUGCUCUUCAACCAAGAAUGACGAGGCUACUGAAGAUUCACACAAUAAGUCUCCACGAAGUUCUUCUAGAAAUUAUGAAACCGAAAAGACUAAUAAUGAAAUAUCAAAAACCAACGAUGAAUUAUCUUCCAGUGAUUCUGGAUGUCCCAUCACCGUCUCUUUGCCAGACUUACAGGUUGAAGCAGCAACUCAUGGAAAAGAUAGUUCUAGUAUGGACAAUGAUGGUUGUUCUGAUAGGAUGUCUGUUCAAAUUGCUAGCAAUGAUCAGGGAUCACAGGAGCAAGUGGAUGUAAAUCUAGAUGGGAAAAGAAAUCGAAGAGGUAUAGAAGAUCCUGCUCCUGAAGUUGAAUCUAGUAAAGGCAAACUUGUUAGAAUAAGUACACAAGCUCCACUAGAAUACCCAAAAUCAGACACCACUACAAAGUUGGAGAUAUCUCUCUGUGGAAACUUGCUUCAUGCUGGAAUGGGAUCGCGUGCAGCAGACGACGCCUUUGAUGCUAACCUCAUAUCACUCGAGGAAUUUAAAGCUUCUGGAGAAUUUAUCAUGAAGAAUAAAAACUUAAUUGUUAGACUACAAGGGAAGUACUUGCCCUGGCGCAAAUCUGCCCACAUCGUUCUUGGUAUAGCAGCUUAUGAUUUGGAGUUACCAGUCAAUCCCAAUGAUGUAAUACCUGUGGACAUGGGGAUGACAGAUGCAGAAGAAGAUGAAUCUGGAAUGCCUUCGACUCCAUCACGUAGAUGGAGGCUCUGGCCAAUCCCAUUUAGGAGGGUCAAGACACUUGAGCAUACUAGUAGUAUGUCAUCAAAUGAGGAAGCUUAUCUUGAUUCUGAAGCUGUCUCACCAAGCCAUUCUUUAUCUACAACUCCCGGACGUCCAGCUGCUGAGUCUCCUCGUAAGCAAAUAAUAAGAACCAAUGUCCCUACUACUGAUCAAAUCGCAUCUUUAAAUCUCAAAGAGGGACAAAAUAUGGUGAAUUUUGUUUUCUCUACUAGAGUCCUUGGCCCCCAAAAGGUUGAAGCUCAUAUAUACUUGUGGAAGUGGAAUACACGAAUUGUAAUAUCAGAUGUUGAUGGGACAAUUACCAAGUCUGAUGUUCUUGGUCAGUUUAUGCCUUUAGUAGGAAAAGAUUGGACACAUUCUGGGAUAGCUCAUCUUUUCUCUGCAAUAAAGGAGAAUGGAUACCAGCUCUUAUUUCUUAGUGCACGUGCAAUUGUUCAAUCGUACUUGACAAAAAGUUUUCUAUUCAAUCUCAAGCAGGAUGGAAAGAGCUUACCCACCGGACCUGUUGUUAUCUCCCCUGAUGGUUUAUUUCCUUCGUUAUACCGGGAGGUGAUAAGAAGAGCUCCUCAUGAAUUCAAAAUCGCCUGUUUAGAGGAUAUCAAGGCACUAUUCCCUCCAGAUUACAACCCAUUUUACGCGGGGUUUGGGAACCGAGACACAGACGAACUCAGUUACCGUAAGAUUGGGAUUCCAAAGGGCAAGAUCUUCAUCAUCAACCCUAAGGGGGAGGUAGCCAUCAAUCACUGCAUCGAUCUAAAAUCAUACAAUUCGUUGCACACACUAGUGAACGACAUGUUCCCCCCAACGUCGCUGGUCGAGCAGGAAGACUAUAACUCGUGGAAUUACUGGAAAAUGCCAUUGUUCGACCUCGACAACAUGUAGGAGUUGUGCAUAGCAAAUAAGUGUAGGAAACUCAUUUCUGUACCAUAGAACAAAUGAACAAUCAUACAUAGCGGCGUAGGAAGUUUUGUAAGGCUGCCUCCAUUUGAAAUUCUCCGUAAUAAAUAAAUUCAUUGAUAUUGUUUCAA